AAGUGCAGGCAGGUUUCCCAGGGCAAUGAAAUGUGAUUUGGAGAGGGAACAUGGAGUUUCUACCAAAGGCUUACUGGGACCUUUCUUUGGCCAGAGCUGGCAGAGUGCAACCCUCCUGAGCUGGUUCAAGAUCUGCCAUGGAGAAGAUCUCAGCGUCAGCCUUCUUGCUCCUUGUGGCCCUCUCCUACACUCUGGCCAAGGACACCACAGUCAAACCAGGAGCGAAGAAGGAUGCGAAGGACUCUCAGCCCAAGCUGCCUCAGACCCUCUCCCGAGGUUGGGGUGAUCAGCUCAUCUGGACUCAGACAUAUGAAGAAGCCUUAUACAAAUCCAAGACCAGCAAUAAACCCCUGAUGAUUAUCCACCACUUGGAUGAAUGCCCACACAGUCAAGCUUUAAAGAAAGUAUUUGCUGAAAGUAAAGAAGUCCAGAAAUUAUCUGAGCAGUUUGUCCUCCUCAAUCUAGUUUAUGAAACAACUGACAAACACCUUUCUCCUGAUGGCCAGUAUGUUCCCAGGAUUAUGUUUGUUGACCCAUCCCUGACAGUUAGAGCUGACAUCACUGGAAGAUAUUCAAAUCGUCUCUAUGCUUAUGAACCUUCAGAUAUACCUCUAUUGCUCGAUAACAUGAAGAAAGCUCUCAAGUUGCUGAAGACUGAAUUGUAGAGAAAAAUAAAAAACACAACUCUGCAAGCUCUUCCUCCUGUGUUAGGCCUUGAGACUUGGAAGCAGAGAUUUUAGAAGACUUUGGACCACACAGUAACACUGGUGGACACACUCAUUAGAUUAUGGUUUAAUGUUACAACAGCUUUUUUUUUUAUUUGGUUUCAAGUAUACAUGUAUGAAAACAAUUUUGUAUACUACCAUCAUGAGCCAUGAUUUUUUAAAAAAUAAAUCCUUUUCAGGUGUUCAAACUGUUAA